AAACUGUGUCCUGCCCUGGCUUAUUACUGGCUGAGAGGAUCGCCCAUCCCAGCAGCAUAAUUCCAUCUGGGCUAAAUAUUUAUACAGAGGGGGAACGACAUCACUUAUCCACAACACAUUCAUUCACGUAAGGGAGAGGGGCUUCCAGAGUUGAGUUAGACUGAUCUGCUGUAUUUGCCAGAGAACAUCACCUCUCAACGCUAAUCUUUACUAUCAGAAGUUUUCCGGGAAAGCUUUUCACAAACAGAAGAAGAAAAUGAGCUUCUUCGUCUCCUUUUUUUGUUUGAUUCUUUCUUUUUAUCAGAUUGGGAGGAAUCCUGUCAGUGCUGGGAUAUGUUGGCUGCAGCAGAGUCAGGACCAGAGGUGCGACAUGGUGCUGAUGAGAGGAGUGACCAGAGAGGAGUGCUGUGCCGGGGGCCGUCUGGACACGGCUUGGUCCAAUACUAGCCUACCCAUGAAUGAAGUCAGCCUGCUGGGCUUCCUGGGAAUCGUCUCCUGUAAACCCUGCAAAGAAACAUGCGAGGGAGUCAAAUGCAGUGCUGGGAAAGUUUGCAAAAUGAAGAUGGGAAGGCCACAGUGUGUGUGCAAUCCAGACUGCUCUAACAUUACCCGGAAGCAUGCUGUGUGCGGCAGCGACGGGAAGUCAUAUAAGGAUGAGUGUACUCUUCUGAUGGCCCGCUGCAUGGGACACCCAGACCUGGAGGUUAUGUACCAAGGAGACUGCAAGAAGUCCUGCUCUAAUGUGGUGUGUCCAGGUACCCACACCUGUGUGACUGACCAGACAAACAGUGCUCAUUGCGUCAUGUGCCGCACAACUCCUUGCCCAAUACCCAUGCCGUCUGAGCAGCCAAUCUGCGGCAAUGACAACAUCACUUACCCCAGUGCCUGCCACCUUCGCCGAGCCACCUGCUUCCUCGGCCGCUCAAUAGGAGUCCGCCACUACGGUCACUGCAGUAAUCCCCCUCGGAAAUCCCAAGACUUCAAUGGCAGUGAGGAAAACGCAGUCUAAAUGGUCAGCUCCUGACAGUACCAUUCUCAAGAGUUGGUGGAAACAUUUCCAAGUGCCACACCACAAGCUUCCCAUGAUGACCUCUAUUUUUGACAGUCGCUCCCCUCUGCCCUUUGUACACAGAAUGACCCUACAUUUGGUAUGAAAGUCCUUUUUGGAAGAAGAACAUUGAUGUUACUGCCUCAAAAAAGAGCUUCAAAAACCUGCAAGUAAUUUGCGCACAUCUUGUGCAAGUUUGGAAAGUACAGGCAGAUGAACACAUUAGCUCUUUGGGAGAUGUGUGCAUAUUGUAAAUAGAAUACCACUACUAUUUAUUGGAGAAGGUAUCAAACUCUAUUUAUGUUUUAUCCUAGUAACAAAUCCAUAUAUCCUUGGGAGAGCUGACAGAAAAAAAAGUGUAUUUAUUGUGUUUUGUUUCUUGUGUCUGAACAAUAGAGGCCUCUGGCAUUUCUGUAUUACAGCUUUCUACAGUUUUACAGCGUCCUCUCCCCACAAACAAACAGUUUUCCCUCCUAAGCUGAUGGAAAGCAACACCCAUUCGUCUGGAAAGUGGGUACCACUUCAUAGUCUGUCAGUGUGGUUUCAGUUCACCACAAACAAUAACAGGACAGUUGUACUGUAUGUACACUAGCUUUUGUCUGGAGGUGAGUAACAGAUUCAGCCUAAACAAACCUGUGUAGUCCAAACAUGUUUACUCUCGAUCCUCAUCCAAACUUUCAGAAACAGUUUGGCUAUGUUUGUAUGAGUCUUAGAAGAGUGUUGGUAUGACCCAAAACACUCCACAAUACCUCCUCUGUUGAGUGUCUGGCGUUUCUAAAUGCAUUUUGUAGUUCAUUCCAUCACUGUUUGUCUGCUUUGAUUUGAUUGGGAUUUCUCAGAGACAUUAAUGGACAGGCAAAUGUCAUCAGAAAUGUCUUAUUUAGAGCAUAAUUGUAUUAGUCUGAGAAUCUGUGGCUAUCAAGGCCAGUUUAGCAAAUCAGAUUUAACUGCUACCAGAGAGGAGACAGUCUGUUUGUUGUUGACGCUGGUAAACCUGGACGCUACAUGGUGAAAUGGUCCAUUUAAAUCUUUCAACUCAAAGCAGACAAAAAUCAUCACCCUGUAAAUACCAGUCUCAUGUGUACCUACCUGUGUACCUACUGUGAAAAUUGAAUGAUAAAUGCAUCAACAUAUUUUUGUAUUUUUGUACUGCCUUUUCAAGACAACAUAAAGUUAAACGUUUGUCACAA